AUGCGGUUAUUGCAAUUUUUUUGGCCACCACUGUAUAUUGAAGUAUUUAGUCCAGAAUUUCUAUUUAUUAAAGGUUGUAAUAAUAUUGCAGCAGAAUUUUUAUCCAAUUUUUAUCUUUUUACUAAGGAAGAGGAGAAAUAUAACUCAUUAUCCACAAUCAACUUAUCCAUCCAGGUUCAAAACGACUUUAUAAUACCUUAA